AUGAAUCCUAAGCCUCCAGAUCCCAGGGCAGGCAGGAAGCCUUUCCCACCUCUCCGCCGACCAUCCUCUAUCUCAAAAUCCGUGACUCCCCCCACUCCACCCGAGCUACCUACCCCACAACGGACCACACAGGAGAAAUUCUUUAUCUCGACCACCUAUUCCACCAUCACGGCCAGAGCUCUGUCAUUCCGCGGACAGGUGCUCAGUGGCGUCACUCCGCUUCAGCUGGCCAAGAAUGGCUUUCACUACCAACCUCUCUCCGGUGGCGGCCUGGUUUGCUGCUUUGCGUACUGCAUAUGGAAGGUCAUCUCCAGUGACUUAAAACAACAUCUCGAUUCCACCGACACGCACUCCUCUUCAACCGAUACACUCCCUCCGCCUCGGUCAGACCCUAGCCCCUUUCUUUCCUCGAAGCGCGAACAACCUAAGAAGAUGACCACCGACGCGACUACACAAACACAAGCCAAACCAGCACAAAAGGUGCCUCCUACAGCAGAGGAAUAUUCUAACGACUCCCGUGCUCCACCACCAUCCAGCACAACCGACCCAGAAUCACGUUUACCUCCACCGACCGUCUCUCCUCAGCCUCCCCAUCCAACAUCAAGUAUCACUACCCUACCCCUAAGCCAUCAGCCAACCUAUGCUUCGGUCCUCCAGCACCUCACCACGACUUCACCACGAUCAAUUCCUAAAACCCGAGAACCCGUCCCUCCCACUAGACCUAUACUCACAAUAGAAGAUCUUCACCGCCGGUUUUACAACAAACCAUCGCCAUUCCAGCUCGAGUCCAAGACAAAGAAACGCUCAGCUAGUCAAAUUCGCAACAAUUCGGUAUCCGCAACAAAAUCAUUGUCCAAGUUCCUGACUUCAGCAUUGCCCGCAUUCUCGCGCUUCCUUGCAGAGAUGCAACCAAAUUCGAACAACGCCACAAGGUCACGGCAGGCCCCAACGAGGCUCCAAGAUCGUUUAAGAAGUGGUACACGAUACAUCGAGGGGUCAGCGUAA